AUGGCAACCACAACCUUAUUCUUAGCUUCUCUUUCUCUUAUCAUGAACCUGCCAUUACUUUCGAAUGCCAUCUCUCAGUGCAACGGCCCAUGUCAAACCCCCGACGACUGCGAUGGUCAACUCAUCUGCAUCAACGGCAAGUGCAACGACGAUCCCGACGUCGGGACCCAUAUCUGCACUAGCCCUAGCCCCCUUAAUCCCAGCGGUCAAUGCCAGUCCUCAGGCACUCUCACAUGCAAUGCCCAAACUUAUCCUCAAUACACAUGCUCUCCUACCGUCACGUCCCAAACAAACGCUAAAUUAACGAACAAUGAUUUUAGCGAAGGCGGUGAUGGCGGAGGUGCAUCCAAGUGUGAUGGCGAGUACCAUGAUAACUCGGAGCCCAUCGUGGCGCUAUCGACGGGAUGGUAUAAUGGAGGGUCGAGGUGUGGGAAGAUGAUAAAGAUAACGGCUAGUAAUGGAAGGAGUGUGAUGGCGAAGGUGGUAGAUGAGUGUGACUCGGUGAAUGGAUGUGAUGAAGAGCAUGCGUAUCAGCCACCUUGUGGGAAUAAUAUUGUUGAUGGUUCUAAUGCUGUGUGGGAUGCUUUGGGGCUCAACAUUGACGAUGGAGCUGUGGAUGUUACUUGGUCCAUGGCCUAA